AUGGGGCGAAGUGUUCUUAUGGGGGAAUGUGUUCUUAUGGGGCGAAAUGUUCUUUUUGAACUUGCUUUUCUUUUCUGCAUUUCCCAUGGAUUUCCUUUUCACACCACACAUGGCGGUAGCGGAACGCCUUAUCAUCACUACAGCAGAAUUUGCCUUUAUCAUGAGGGUGUGGUGAAUCCUUCCCUCUGUUCUUUUUGUUCCAUGGCGUGGGCCAUCCAACAGCACCUUUUAUUCGGUGGGACGCGGCACCAUGUCACGAGGGGAACGGGGAAGGGUCAUCUUUGCGGAAUACCUUUCAAACCCAUCUUACUCAGCGCUGAAGUGGGGAAAGCAAGAGUUUUCCACCAUUCCCAACCCCACUCAUUUCAUAAGUUAAAAACCCCCGGGAGCCACCCCAUCACACCCCUCUUUUUCUUGUUGCGCACAAGACGCUGUGACAAGUUGGCCGCCCGCCUUGGGUUGUGGGGUUGUGUUCUCUCCUCCUCUCCCUUCUUGGGGUGA